GGGACAUCCAGAUCGACUUGGAGUCUGGAGAAUGAAGCAGGAAUCUCAAUGAGAAUUCGAGAAGUGCAAAUUAAUAUUACCGAGACAUCAAAUCACUGCAUCGCGGUAUCGGAUUAUCAUCGCACAGUGCUCUAACCCAGCUCCAUUCACCAGUAAAAGAUUUUUAUACGAGACAUAUCCGUGGCCAUAGAAGUGUCUCAAUUCAUUCAUCCCGAUCCUCCUCAUUAAGAGUCUAAAUUCCUAUUCAAAAAAGCAUCGGGAUACCCUCAGAUUCCCCAAACAACUCCCUCAGUCCACCAUCCAACCCAUCCACCAUGGCAUCCCCCUCCAUUCCCCCUCACAAAUCCUCCUUCCUCUCCCACUGCCUCUCCGCCGACGCCCUCUCCUUUGGCACCUACACCCUCAAAUCCGGCCGCCAAUCUCCCUACUUCUUCAACGCGGGUCUCUUCCACCGCGGUCCGCUCAUCCGCGCCAUCUCCACCGCCUUCGCCCACACCCUCGCGUCCACGCCCCUCCCGUUCGACGUGCUCUUCGGGCCCGCCUACAAGGGCAUCCCGCUGGCAGCCACGGUGGUGGAUAAGUUGGCGGGGCUGGAUGAGGAGCGGUAUGGAAACGUAAGCUACUCGUUUAAUCGGAAGGAGGCGAAGGAUCAUGGGGAGGGGGGGAGUAUUGUCGGGGCGGGGCUGAAAGGGAAGCGGGUGGUGAUUAUCGACGAUGUGAUCACGGCGGGCACGGCCAUUCGGGAGGCGAUUGAGGUUAUCGAGCGGGAGGGGGGGAAGUUGGUGGGCAUUGUGGUGGCGUUUGAUCGACAGGAGCGGAUGCCGAGCGCGAGUGAGAAGGGGGAAGGGGGAGAGGAGGGGACGAAGGCAAGCGCGAUUGGGGAGGUGCGAAGACAGUAUGGCAUUCCGGUGCUGGCCAUCUUGACGCUGGACGACCUCAUCGCGUACGUCAAGGAGCAGAAGGGAUCGUUUGGCACGGAGGAGGACAUGACACGGCUCGAGGAAUAUCGUAGCCGGUAUCGCGCCACCGAUGUGUGAGGUAGAGGUAGAGCCAACAAUAAAUGCAUUAUCCACCGCUCAUCCGCCGAGACGUGCUUUUGAUCGAGCUAUAUCAUUGGUAAAGUACAGGGAAUCUAUUCCAUUGUGAGAUUCGGUUCUUGAUCCGGAACACUCCAGAGGAUAUCCGUCGCGGUCCCAGGGAAUUUAUCGAAGGUCGCGAUGUCGCCACGCCCAAAUCAGGCCUUAGCCUUCUCUUCUGACUCCUUGGUCUUGAUGAAGUUCUUGAUGAAAGACUCCUCGUCCUUGCUUCCCGCAUUCAGUGCCGGUCCUUCCUCCUUCUUG